AUGGGCGAGCGUACCCCUCCAAUUUCGCCGAGCCAGCUCUCGGGUGAGCAAGAUGCACUUUACAAAGACAUCAGAUCUGUGAUUUCGUCCCAUCUUCCUGGGUUUCAAACUGAGACAGAGCAAGGGGCAUUGAUCGGCCCCUGGAGCGUCUGGCUGCAAGAACCUGGUCUUGGUGCCAUCGUGUGGAAUCUGGUCAAGAUGAUCACAACCAACGCCAAACUCCCAGAGAGUGUUCGUCAAGUCGCGAUCCUAAAAGUAGGGUCCCAUUUCAAAGCUGCAUACGAGCUGUAUGCCCAUUCUGGCGUCUCUAGUAGCCUCGGUAUUGGAAAGGAUCAAGUCGAAUCACUUGCCUCGGGCAAUCGACCUGCAGAUCUCGGAGCUCCUGAAGCGGUAGCAUACGAUGUAGCUGCGUCACUUCUGGCUGGCGGUGUCCUUCCAGACGACAGCUACGCCAUGUCGGUCAAGAUCCUCGGUCGACAAGGAACUUUCGAACUCGUCCACCUCAUUGGAGUCUACUGCCUUGUCUCUAUGACACUGAAUGGCUAUGACGUGAGAGCUCCGGUGCCGGCAUCAGUGCAGGGAAGCCCGAAACCAAGUCGAGAGAGCGAAUACAGGUCUAUGAAUGCCGUGACAGGAGAAUUGGAGAAGGUCUUCCCAGAAACCACUGAUGAAGAAGUUCGAGUAGCACUAGACAAGGCACACUAUGUCUAUGAAACCGACUGGCGCCGUCGCUCUGCGGGAGAGAGGGCGCGAAUCAUUGGGAGAGCUGCUCAGAUUCUUCGACAAAAGGCUGAAGAGUAUUCCCGGCUGAUCACAUAUGAGAUGGGCAAGCUUAUCGACCAGUCACGAUACGAAGUGAAUCUCACAAUUGACAUCCUGGAGUAUUAUGCCACCCAUGGGGAGACAUUCCUCAAACCAAAGCCUGUUGAUGAAGCGCCAGGUGCAGUCAUGGUUACUGAGCCCAUUGGGGUCCUCCUGGCUGUUGAACCGUGGAACUUCCCGUACUACCAGCUAGUGCGUGUCGCUGCACCGCAGCUCGUGGCUGGAAAUGUGCUGAUUGUCAAGCAUGCCCCCAGCGUGCCUCAGUGUGCACUUGCAUUCGCUCAUCUUUUUGCGGAAGCCGGAGCUCCUGAAGGAGUUUACACCAACCUCUUCUGUACUGUCCCUCAGGUCAAUUCUCUCAUCGAUGAUUUCCGUAUCAGGGGAGUUACAUUGACAGGCAGUGAGAGAGCCGGUGCGUCAGUUGCUGAGCGAGCAGGCCGCAAUUUGAAAAAGGUCGUUCUGGAGCUCGGAGGAAGCGACCCUCUGAUAGUACUAGCAGAUGCUGACCUCGAAAGUACUAUUAAACAAGGUGUGGCUGGACGCAUGAUCUGUAUGGGUCAGGCAUGUGUCUCGUCCAAACGUUUUAUUGUUGUUGGGCGUGAUCGUGGUAAAGUAUUCCUCGAUGGCAUGGUUAAGCGAUUCAAGGAGCUUGAGGCUGGUGAUCCAGCGGAUAGCCGUACUUCUCUGGGACCCUUGUUUGCAGAAAGAGCUCUUCAGGGCCUGUUGGACCAGAUUGAAAAGGCUAAGGCCCAUGGGGCUCGAAUUGCCACAGGAGGGAAGAGGAUCAAUCGCCCUGGGUAUUACCUUGAACCAACAAUCAUCACUGAUAUCUCCCCCAAGAAUCCGUUAUUUCAGGAGGAGACAUUUGGUCCUGUGGCAUCAUUCUACGUGACAGACACUGAAGAGGAGGCAAUCGAACUCGCCAACUCUACAAAAUUCGGACUCGGCGCCAGUGUGUUCGGUGAGACCAAACAUGCACAAGAAGUCGCCUCCAAGAUCGAAUCAGGCAUGGUGUUUGUCAAUUCCUGUGCAUAUACAGGUCCUGAGGUUCCAUUUGGAGGUAUCAAGAACUCUGGGUUCGGGCGAGAGCUUUCAGAAUUGGGAAUUGGUGAGUUUGUCAAUCGCAAGCUCAUUCGGACAGCCCUUUGA